GAAGGGACCAGCCUGACCACGCUCUGCACUGGGAGGGUUUUCUGGGUUGAAGGACAGUCUGCAGAGGGCUCCUGCAGCAGGAGGUGGGAGGCCCAGGACCACCAUGAGCAGUUGCCUCUGGCAGGACGAGGGGCUCCCAGGCAAGGCCAUGGCCCUCCCACAGCUCCUCUGGAUGUGGCUGCUGGUCACAGGGACUCAAGGUGUGAAAGAUGGUGACAUGCGGCUGGCCAAUGGGGACACCGCCAAUGAGGGCCGCGUGGAGAUCUUCUACAGAGGCCAGUGGGGGACAGUGUGUGACAACCUGUGGGACCUGACAGACGCCAACGUUGUCUGCCGGGCCCUGGGCUUUGAGAACGCCACUGAGGCUCUGGGCAGAGCCGCCUUUGGGCCAGGAACGGGCCCUAUUAUGUUGGACGAGGUACAGUGCACAGGGACAGAGCCCUCGCUGGCCAACUGCAAAUCCCUGGGCUGGCUGAAGAGCAACUGCAGGCACGAGAGGGACGCUGGCGUGAUCUGCACCAACGAAACCAGAGGCGUCUACACCCUUGACCUGUCCAGCGCGCUCCCCGUGGCUCUGGAGCAGAUCUUCGACAGCCAGAGGGGCUGCGACCUGUCCAUCAGGGUGAAGGCAAAGGAGGAGGAAGACCUGGGCCUCUGUGCCCACAAGCUGAUCCUGUCUGCCAACCCCGAGGCCCAGGCCCUGUGGAGGGAGCCGGGCAGCGCAGUCACCAUGGAGGUGGAUGCCGAGUGUGUGCCUGUCGUCAGAGACUUCAUCAGGUACUUGUACUCCCGCAGGAUCGACAUCUCCCUGUCCUCCGUGAAGUGCUUGCACAAGCUCGCCUCUGCCUACGGGGCCGAGCAGCUGCAGAGCUACUGCGGGCGCCUCUUUGCCAUCCUCCUCCCCCAGGACCCCUCUUUCCAGACGCCCCUGGACCUCUACGCCUAUGCGCUGGCCACCCAGGACCCCGUGCUGGAGGAGGUCUGCGUACAGUUCCUGGCCUGGAACUUCGAGGCCCUGACACAGGCCGAGGCCUGGUUGAGCGUCCCCGAGGCCCUGCUCCAAGUGCUGCUCUCCAGGAGCGAGCUGGCCGUGCCCAGCGAGCUGGCCCUGCUGACGGCCGUGGACGUCUGGAGCCGGGAGAAGCGCGCCUCCCGCGACGAGGUAGCAGGCUUGGUGGAGAAGGUCCGCUUCCCCAUGAUGCUGCCCCAGGACCUCUUCGAGCUGCGGUUUAACCUGUCCCUGUACUGGAGUCAUGAGGCGCUCUUCCAGGAGAAGAUUCUGCAGGCCCUGGAGUUCCACACCGUGCCCUUCCGGCUGCUGGCCCAGUACAGAAGCCUGAACCUCACCGAGGACGCCUACAAGCCCCGGCUUUACACCUCACCCACCUGGAGUGCCUCCAUCACGGGCAGUCCCCCAAAGUCCUCCUGCUAUAGGUGUGAGCCCUACCGGUCCUUCCAGACCCCACAGCACCCCAGCUUCCUCUUCCGGGACAGGCUCGUGUCCUGGUCUCUUGUCUACCUGCCCACCGUCCAGAGCUGCUGGAACUACGGGUUCUCCUGCUCCUCUGAUGAGCCCCCCAUCCUAGGCCUCUCCAAGUCUGACUACUCGGAUCCCACCAUUGGCUACGAAAAUAAAGCGCUGAUGCUCUGUGGGGGGCGUUUCGUGGCUCACGUCACCGAUUUCAAGGGCUCGAAGGCCAUGGUCCCCAGCGCCCUGGGCACCAACAGUUCCAGGAUUGCUUCCUUCUUCCCUUGCCCAGCAGGGUCCUUCAGCUACUUCCAGGCGGUCAUCCGCCCAUUCUACCUGACCAACUCCUCUGCCGUGGACUAGACAGGAGGCCGGGGGAGCCGAGGGGGCGGGAGCACAGAGAAGCUGGGCGCCUCCCGGGGUGCCCAAGCUGAGCCUUCCCCAUCCUUCCUUCCUCUGCAGCCACCUCCAGCAACUGCCACCAGAUGUCCCCCCUGCUCCCAGUGAGCUUGCUGAGCUUAGAGAAAUUACUGGAAGGUUUCCACUAGUGCGCACCAUGGGUGCUGAGAAUUCCUGUUCUCCUGCUGCCUGGCUGGUGGGUCGAGAAGCGACAGGCAGGAGCACGGCACUGCGGGACUAUCCACGCUGCCUUUCACUGUCUCGAUCCUCUGUUGUCCUUUGUCUGAGAGCAUUAAAGUUGCAUUGUGGUUCCCA